AUGGAACCAAACAAAGACCUGGCAGAAACUGAUCAGCAAUCGGUGUCCGAUCCUUUUGAACCUACUGAUGAUUCAGAUGAUCCAGAGUACAUACCGGAACACGAUACCGAUACCACUAGGACAAAUAUAAUUAAGAGUCAAACCAUGCUUAGUUUUCUUACUAACAAUAGUAAAAGAAGAAGGAUAAUGACACAAAGUCCAAAGGAUACUCCAGAUCCUGAUAAUAGUACCACAUCAGAUACAGAAAGUAGUACCAGCACCACAACGGUUUAUACUUCUACGAAUAAAAAUAUGAACCCACUUUUUGAUAGAAAUUUUUUUCGCUUUGUGGAACAAAAAGACAUUAAAUUUAUAGCACAAUGUAUAGUUUGUUUACCCAGGAAAAAACUUUUGCAAGGUGUCUCAAAUUCAAACGCAAAUUUUGUAAAACAUUUAAAAAAACAACAUGAGGUGGCAUUCCAAGACUACUUGAAACACAAAGAGGAUGUAAAUGUAAAAAAACAGGACAAAAAAGUGGUCAAAUCAAAUGACCCAUUUCAAACAAGUAAUUCAACUCAAUUGGACAUAGCUCAAUCUUUUCAAAGAUCCAAAAAAAUACACAGUUUGACCAACGAAUUAUUAAUUUUAUUGUUGACACAAUGUUGGCUGUAUCGUUUGUUGAGCAUCCAUGUUUUAGAGGAAUAUUUCAAGGAAUGA